AUGAAGCUCCUUGCACCGGCUAUUGUUGCAUCUCUGGGAUUGCACGCCGAAGCUGCCCAGUUCGUCGCCCACAAGAACGAGGUUCUUGGCAGUAAGAAUGACAGUUGCUGUUCAUCGCUGGAGGUUGCCGGACUGAAAAACAUCUUUUACGAGAAUGAUGAACAGUACAAAAACCGAACAGCAUCUUACUGGUCGGUGAGUGCUCAGUUGCAGCCUAACUGCAUUGUCCAACCAGUAUCUACCGAAGAGGUUUCGACUGCUGUCAAGACCCUGGGUGCGCAAAGCAACUGCAAGUUUGCGGUGCGGAGUGGUGGUCAUUCGACCUGGGCCGGGUCCAACAACAUUAAUGAUGGCGUGACACUCGACCUCGGUCUUAUGAACACAACUAUCUAUGAUGAGGCAGCAAACCUCGCACGAUUCCAGCCUGGCACCCGAUGGGGUGGUGUUUACGGCGCACUUGAACCUUAUGGGGUUACUGUCGCGGGUGGACGAGCAAGCAGUGUUGGUGUUGCCGGUUUCUUGACCGGAGGAGGAAACUCUUUCUACACUGCGCGAAGGGGUUUUGCUUGUGAUCAGGUACAGAACUUCGAGGUUGUCCUUGCGGAUGGCGAGGUUGUCAACGCGAACGCUACGUCCAACAGCGACCUCUUCACAGCCCUCAAGGGUGGCUCUUUCAACUUCGGUAUCGUCACCCGCUAUGACGUGCAAACAUUCGCUGCCGGAGACCUUUGGGGUGGUGUCAGGGUUCACGACAAGAACCACACACAACAACACGUCGAAGCUUACACAGCGUGGGUCGACAAUGUCGAGAAUUACCCUGACGGCUCCAGCAUCGUCUUCUGGAGCUACCUACCUGCCAUGAAGGAUAUCGUCAUCAUUGCCGCAUACGAGGAUGUUGCCGGAAACGUAGCUCCCGCAGGUUUCGACAAGUUCAUGGCUAUCCCUGCUCUAUCCGAUACUACAAGGAAGGCAAGCCACAAGAACCUUACUGACGAGCUUGAGCAACCUACAGGAUACCGUGACAUCUGGUUCACCAUGACUUUCAAGAACGAUGCCACCGUAUUCAAGUACAUUGUCGACGCCCACACCAAGUUCGUCGAAGCAUGGAAGGCGAUCAGUACCGACGGCGACUUCAUCACCCAGUGCAUGUUCCAAGCUAUCCCGACCACCUUUGCCGAGCACAGCAAGGAACGCGGUGGUAACGUCAUGGGUCUUGAUCUCGUAAAGGACAACGCAGUCAUGCUUCUUUUCGACAUUGCUGUCAAAGGAGAAGAGACCGAAGUCAUUGCGAGAGAGGCGCUCAGGGCCGUCACCGAAGAGAUGCAAAGAUUCGCUGCCAGCAAAGACGCUCUGGUAGACUGGCAGUACCUAAACUACGCCGACGCUUACCAGGACCCACUUGGUAGCUACGGCUCCGCAAACGUCGCUAAGAUCCGAGCUGCGGCUAAGAAGUACGACCCCAAGGGUAUGUUCCAGACUCAGGCACCCGGUGGAUUCAAAAUCUCAAAGGUCAAGAAUUCGACUUUUACCAAGCAAGAGUUGUAA